UGUACAUGGCAACAAAAUAAAGCCAUAUUUCAGUGCACUGCAUACACGGAUAAAAGUCUUGAAAUCUAGGUGAAUAAACUAACAAAAUGCCUCCCAAGAAAGGGAAGAAAGGAAAGAAGGGCAGUGGGAAGAAGGGGAAGAAGAAAUCUGCAAAGGCCAAGACCCCAACUGUAAUUGAUGGAAUCUCCACAGAAGAAAUGUCCAAGGAGCAGCUCGAGGAACAUAUCGUUCGCCUCAGGGAGGAGCUGGACCGAGAGAGAGAAGAGCGAAAUUAUUUCCAACUUGAGCGUGACAAGGUCAACACAUUCUGGGAGAUUACCAAGCGACAGUUGGAGGAGAAGAAAGCGGAACUCAGGAACAAAGACAGAGAGAUGGAGGACGCUGAAGAGAGACAUCAAAUUGAAAUCAAGGUUUACAAACAAAAAGUCAAACAUUUGCUGUAUGAGCACCAGAACAACAUCUCAGAGCUGAAGGCAGAGAGCACAGUCGCUUUGAAACUUGCCCAGGAUGAACACCGAGGGGAUGAAAAGGAAUUGAGAAAAGACAAACGUUCACUCAAAGUAGAUAACAAAGAACAAGAGCUGGCGAAUGAGGAUGUCAUCAAAAAUCUUAAAAGGAAAACCGAUGAAGAGAUUACUCAACUCCGCCAAGACUAUGAACGACAGGCGCGUGAAAUUGAGGCAAAAUACGAAAAGAAGAUGCGGACGCUUCGAGACGAGCUUGAUCUGAGGAGGAAGACCGAGAUUCAUGAAAUCGAGGAACGCAAAAAUGGGCAAAUUAACACGCUGAUGAAGAAUCAUGAAAAGGCUUUCAGCGAUAUCAAGAAUUAUUACAACGAUAUCACUUUGAAUAACUUGUCACUCAUUAACACUUUGAAGGAACAAGUUGAAGAGAUGAAGAAGAAGGAAGAACGCAUGGAGAAACAGAUGGCUGAGGUGAUGGCGGAGAAUAGACGUCUGAUGGAGCCGCUACAGAAGGCGCGGGAGGAGGUUGAGGAGUUGCGCAAGAGCCUUGCUAACUACGACAAGGAUAAACAGUCAUUGGCGAGUGCGAAGGCUCGACUGAAGGUAAUGGAGGAAGAGUUCAGAGCAUUACAGUGGGAGCAUGAGGUCCUCGAACAGAGAUUUGAGAAGACUCAACGAGAACGUGAUGAUCUGUAUCGACGAUUCGUCAAAGCCAUUCACGAAGUUCAACAGAAAUCCAACUUCAAGAACUUACUUCUAGAAAAGAAAUUGUCAGCUUUGGCGGACACUCUUGAAAAGAAGGAAGCACAGCUGAAUGAAGUCUUGUCCGCAUCGAAUCUUGACCCAACGGCACUGACAGUAGUCACAAGAAAACUCGAGGAUGUUUUGGAUUCCAAGAACAGUGCCAUCAAAGAUCUACAGUACGAACUCGCCCGCGUCUGCAAGGCUCACAAUGACCUCAUGCGCACGUACGAGUCCAAACUCACACAAUUCGGUGUUCCCACAGAGGAACUGGGCUUCAGGGCUCUGGAGAGCACAGUAGGAGGCCAGCAGUUGGGACAAGGUGCUGCAGGCUUGGUGUCCGCGCCCACAUAAGGAAAAUAACUUUUCAUAGACAUUUUCAACUUCCUGGAUUCGAAUCAAUAAUACCCUGGAUUUGGCUGGAAGAUCAAGAUUUUUAUGUGUAUUUAUACAGAAAUAUUGUCCAUUGUAUUAAAUCUUUUAACUGUGAUAGGCAAUCCACUUGUUGUACUCAAAUGCUAUUUUGUGCCGUCCUAAAAGUAUACAAUUGACAAAUGGGUCAAAUGUAUUCAUAUCACUGUGCAUAUCGCAAGUUGUGAAUGCAAAAUUAAGUUCUGUAAUUAAAUGCUUGAUUUAAAAUAUAAAGUGUGUGGUCACAGGUUUAUCAGUAGAUUGAUUCAACCACUCUGUAUAAUUGUAUGGGGAAACAUGUCUUUCUCAUAACCAGUUUUAAGACAUAUGAAACAUACCGUCCCCAGGUGUGAAAAUAUCAAUCGUAAGUUUCGUUCGCCUUCCUUUAGUACACGCAGUAAAUCAAGAUCAAACUCUACCUUGGGAUUCAUUCAUUUAAAAAUAUUGACAAGAAACUCUGCCAGUGCUGAAGUUUUUGGACCAAAUGAAAAGAAUGUCUGCUUCUGUUUAUGUUCAGUCCAGUGGAUCAGGAUCACCUGGCACACUUUUUCCGGUAUCAAUCCCAGAUCAGCGCACAGUCCGCAACUACCGUUGUGACUUCGAAGUUCAAGCAAUAACUGGAUAUCAUGAGUAGAAAAAUGGUCUAAUACCUCAGCUCUCAUGACUUCUAAAAUUUGCCAAAUCUGCAAUUCAAAAGGUAUGCUACUUCAGGGUAUUGUCUUUUAUUUUGGUCGCAAAAGGUAGACUUCUAUUUUGAAGAUUUGUUUGUGCCUCUGGCAUGGCUGGUCUCUCCGUCUCCAACACCGAGCAUGAUGUUCAGGGAUGACCAUAAUCCGUCCUUAUUUAUGAAUGUGUCAUUUCUUUUUAGGCACGAAUGAAUUUGGUUUAUUCUUUUGGUAUAUGAGGACUAAGUUUGAAUGAUAAUGCUCUGAAGUUAACCAUUCAUCAGUGUUGUACUAGUAGUGUACUUCUGUACAUAUGAUGUCUUUGAACUAAUAAAGGUUUUAUUUAUGUGAA